GUUUAUUUAUCUACUCUAUACUUACUCUGGUUAUGUUAAUGCCUGUGCGCGCGCAGUCUUUUACGUGAACGGAAAACUCGAUACUAGAGUAACUCUCAACAUGGAGGACGAAGUUGACAACAACAUGCAAUGUUUCAUGUUCAUACAGAAUAUGACGGGCCUAGAAAAUCUAGCAAUGGCUAGACACACGCAACUGAAUAAUUUAGCUAUAACAAUAGCAGCAUUGCUCCGUAGACCCCAUGUUCCACGGAUUACAUGCUACGCAGAAACAGUUAUUCCAACAUUUGCUCCUGUUGAUUUUCAAUCUCAUUUUAGGAUCAGCGCAGAAACAUUCGAACAAAUAUUAGAUGUUUUAAAAAACGAUCUCGUACCAGAUAUUGAGAGAGGGAAGGAGCCCAUUGCACCAGACAAAAAACUUCUUAUAUUUUUAUGUUAUAUGGCAAAUAUGGAGUCACAUCGUGAAAUUGGACACUAUUUUGGUGUAUGCAAGGCUUCAGUUUUUAACGUAAUCAAGACAGUUGUAAAUGCUAUAUUAAAUAAUCUCUGUUACUUGAUCAAGUGGCCAAAUCUCCAAGAACAGGAUAGCAUAAGUAGAGAAUUUCAGCUGAAAAGUGGAAUGGUGGGAAUCAUUGGUGCAAUGGACGGCAGUCAUAUUCGCCUAGCAUCAUGUCCAAAGGGGGAUUCAGACUACAUCAAUCGAAAAGGCUUUCCGUCCAUGCAGUUGCAGGCUGUUGUGGAUCAUAAUCUUAUGUUCCGUGAUGUAUACGCAGGAUGGCCAGGCUGUACACAUGAUGCCCGAGUUUUUAGAAACUCCUCAUUAUCAGACAGGGCAGAAAAUGGGAGAAUAUUUGGUUGCAACAAAUUCCUGAUUGCUGACAGUGCAUAUCCAGUUAAACCCUAUUUAAUACCUCCAUUUAAAGAUAAUGGACACCUUUCAAACUUGCAAAAGAAGUUCAACAAGGUUAUUUCAUCUGCAAGACAAGUAGUUGAAAGGGCAUUUGGCCUUUUAAAGGGUCGCUUCAGGCGUCUCCGAGAAGUUACGUCACAUGAACCUUCAGCAAUUGUUGGCAUUAUUGUAUGUGGAUGUAUACUUCAUAAUUUGACAAUAAUUAACCACGAGGACAUUGAACAAUUUAUUGAUGACAAUCAAGAUGGUCACCCCAAUGGAUUUCAAAAUAUUUUCAGAAAUGAUAAUGCUGGAGUUAGAGUAAGGGAAAAUCUUAUGAGAACACUAGCAUAAGUUUUCUGUGAGACAAUAUGGGUUUAAAAUGUAGAGUUCAUUCAGAAUGGCAUUAGAAAGUGUUUUUGAUUCUGUACGAUCAUUUUUGAAAAUUAAUUUUCAAAAAGAAGACAAGCGCUCAAGAACUGUCUCUAUAAAAUGUGACCUUGAUGUUUGACAAACAUAAUAAUAAUAGUAGAUAUCCCUUUUGUGACUGAAGCUUUUUUCUGUGCAUUUAUAAUGAAAAUCCAUCCAGGCAAACUUCUUUUUUUUUAAAGUUUAUUCUGUAAAAACAUCUUCAAUUUUUAUCUCAUUUUAGAAAUGGUGACUUCUGUGGAUAGAAAUUUGGAGAGGGUAUUUGUAGUACCUGUAUUACCACCAUAUCUUCUUUUUAAUAAACCAAAUGACCUCUGACCUACAAGUCAAUA